AAACGCGAGACACUCAGUGAAAUGAUUCUUGAGACAAUCAACUAGAGACGCGAUUGCUAUUUCAUUGCUUCAGCUUGACGCCUUAGGUGAACGCGGGGCUAGGAGAUUGCGACGGACGCUCAGUGAAAUGCUGAUCGAGCCUUAGCUAUGAGUUAUCGACCGCGGUCAGAAGAGUCGUCGUGUAUUUUCAGCUGUUGUUAUCGUUAUAACCCGUACCAACAUUUCGCGGUCCUUCCAAAUCUCAAAGCCCCCUUCUGACUCCACGAACCAGACUAGUUUGACAAGUCGGCAUGACCCAUGACAUGUCGGUUCUUUCGUGUGCUUAGUCCUGCUACGGAUAGGAGUACUAGCGACCAGUAUGGACUAGUCGACCAACUGAGAAUUAAUCGUCCAGCACAAUGGACUCGUCGCAGCGUCCAUUGCAUCCGGCACUGAAACCGCCUGAUCCGGUCGAACGGCUAUUGCCACGUGGCAACACGGAAGACGCCGUCGUCAGUAUCGACCAAUCGCCGCAGCCGGACCUGCGGCUGAGCGAAGGCGCGUUAGACGGGCUCCCCGUGCUCGCGUCGUUCCGCGCGGAAGAAUGGGACCUAGAGCAGGGGGAGCCGCGGGAGGCGCCAGGCACGCGCGCGGAAGGAACCAGCGCGGGACUCCGUUCAGGGGAUGUAGCAGGCGUCGGUGAUUCAGGCAGUCUUGGGAUUGCCUCGCUUCCAGCAGCAGCAGCAAGACUGAGUGGCCUGGAGAGGCCCGUUCCCAGUCAGCGGCAUGGUGCUGCUUCAGAUGUCGCAGAGAGAAGGGGGGCGGAAGAGGGGGGAAACAGAGACGAAGGGGGGAGGAGAGAAGAUGACUGCGAGGGGGGACAGGCGAAAGGGGAGGGGGACGCUAGGACGAGGAGAGACAGGGGUGACGACAGGGAGGAUCGGAGUUCGAGUGAAGGAGAACAGGAUGGGGAAGGGGAGGAGGGCGAGGGGUUAACUUAUUCGGACUCAGAGACAGGCCUAGCAGCAUCAUCAUCGUCAUAUUCCUCAGAGGCCAUCAUAGCGUGCUUCGUGCACGGGGGGAACCGCCACCUCUGGCCGUUCUGCGUGGACGCGCGGCGGCUGUGGUGGUACUGGCGGGCGGUGCUCGUGCUGCUGGUGGCGGUGGUCAUCUUCGGCGCGUCGCUCUUCAUGGCGUGGCUCGGCAAGAUCGGCGACGCGCUGCUCGUGCCCUGCCCCGUCUGGCCCACGUCCGGCCUCGCCCUCUUCGCUGUGCUCGUGUUCGGCUGGGCCACAUGGCCGGGCAUCUUCCUGGGCAGCGCGCUCCUCGUGUACACGGGGGCGGCGUGGCACCUCACAGCGCACCUCACCCUUGCUCAAGUCGCCCUCGCGUCCCUCCUCAUCGCCGCCUUCCGCACUGCCUCCGUGCUCUCCCUCUCCUUCUUCCUCACUCGCAUCCUGCACCGCCUGCGCCCCAACGACCUCACCCCUGUCGACCGCGUGAAAGACAUCUUCCUCUUCGCAUUGUUUUCCUUCCUCGUCUCGCUGCUCUUCGAGGGGGUGGCUGCGGUCCUAGUCAGCAUGUGGGACGCUGACCUGGCGGGGGACAGCGUGGCGGUGGCAGCGGGGCUGCGCACGCUGGGGUCGUUCACGGGGAUCGUGCUGACGGUGCCGCUGCUCAUGCAGGUCACUGCCUGGUGCUUGUGCCGGUGUGGGCGGGAGGAGGGGGAGAGGGGGCAGGGGGGGCAGGAAGGGAAGGAGGGGCAGGAGGGGCAGGAGUUGAAUGCUUCUGAAUCGCCCCAUUCCGAAGCUGAAUCAGCCUUCGCUGCUGCCACGAAUAUCCAGCCUCCCCUAGAUGAGCAGCACGGGCGACGACCCCUGGGUGUGGAUGUGGCGUCAGUAAUGGCUGUAGGAUCCGAUGUAGAUGCGACAUCAGUGGGGGAAGGUGCGGGCAGCAGCAGGCUCCAUACCCCCCCUUCCUUCCGCACUCUGCCCUUCCCCCCCCACCUCUCCCACCACACCACCACUCCCACCCUCAACUACGCCACGCUCCGCCGCCCCUUCCGCUACCACCUGAAAAACCUCCUGACAAACCCCCUGCUGCUCACCAUGCGCCGCGCCCUCUCCUCCCUGCGUUUCUGGGAGUUCGUCUCCUUGGUACUAUUCAACACUGGAAUGGCUUUCCUCCUCUUCUACACCCCUGCCGCCCCAUCUACCACGGCUGCCACUGCUGCCACUGCCGCGCUCCCUUACAUGCUGUUCCCGGGCGUCCUCUGGGCAUGCAUCCGCUUCCACCGCAAGGGCUCAGGCUUCAUCCUCGUUAUAGUCGUCCUCGUUGUGUGCUUCUGCACGGCGCAGGGCCGGGGGCCACUAGUAAGAGAAUCGGCGAAUGGGACGGUGCUGCAGGUGCAGCUGCUGGUGGUGGUGCUGAGUUUAGGGGCAGUGCUGUUGGCGGCGGCAGUGAGGGACACGAGGAGGCUGAGAGAGGGGCUCAGGCAGCUGAACCUGUCUCUAGAAGGGGAGGUGGCCAGACGCACUGAGGAGAUGCAGGCAGUGAAUGAGGACCUGAAGAAGUCCAAGGAGGAGUUAGAGGAGGCAGGCCGGGCCAAGACGGAGUUCCUAGCCAACAUGAGCCAUGAGAUCCGCACGCCCAUCCACGGCAUCAUCGGAAUGACAGCGCUCGCCCUCGACGCCCUCGAGUCCCUCCACCUCGCGCCCUUCGACUCCCAAGACCCCGCUGCACCCGGCGUCUCCGCGGAGGCCCUGGCCCUGCGGCACGAUCUGACGGUGGAGCUGCACGAGCAUCUGACGGUCGUGGCGCAGUCGGCAGACUGCCUGCUCAACAUCGCCAACACAGUGCUGGACCUUGCCAGGAUCGAGGCGGGGCAGCUGGCAUUAGACCGAGUCCCGUUUGCGCUCAGGGACAUGGUUGGGUCCACCAUGCGCAUGUUGCAGGUGCGUGCGGAGCAGAAGCAGCUGCUCUUCUCGUGGCAGGUGGCGGAGGGAGUUCCGCACACCGUGCUGGGGGACCCGGGCAGGCUGCAGCAGUGCAUCAUUAACCUGGUGGGCAACGCUAUCAAGUUCACCCACCAGGGAUCCGUGGAUCUGGACAUCACUCUGCUCUUCUGCCCCCCCUCCCGCCCCCGGCACCAAGCACGAAGCGGCGGCAGCAGCCAGCAGCAGACAAGAAGCGGCAGCAGCAGCCAGCACCACAAGGCACGGAGCAGCAACAGCGGCAGCCAGCAUUACACCCAUCGCCACCACCACCACCAGCACCAGCACCACCAGCAGCACCAUCAGCACCAGCAGCACCGGCAGCAACAUGAUCAACUGCCAGAUCAGCAGCAACACGAACAACAACGAGAGCAAGAGCAGCAACAACAGCAAGGGGGGCAGCAAGGGGAGCAGCAGCAGCAGGAGGCGGAGCAGCAUGAUGCUCCCCAUCUCCUAGACGAGCCGCACUACCUCCCUCACUUCAUCCCCCGAUCCUCCACAUGCCCCCCUGCCUCCUCCGCCCCGCACUCCCCUCCCCCUGCUCCUCCCCCCUCUCGGGAAGGCAGGGAGGGGGCUGUGUCCGCUCACCUUUCCGCCCCCAUCUCCCCCUCCUUUGCUGCCCACCCCAGCACCAACCCCAGCACCAGCCCCAGCACCAACACCAGCACCAACACCAACAUACUCGUCCCCACUGACGUCUCCCUCGCUCUCCGCAAGCGCAUUCAGGGGCAGGUGGACCGAGGGGCCGGGAGGGAGAGGAGAGAGGCAGAGGGCGAGGGUAGCGACCGACCGGGCAAGACGGGUAGGCAUCGGCAGAGGCACAGCCAGGGGAACGGCCAUGCAGGGAGGUUCACAGGGAGAGAGAGAGGAGACGUGGAGGGGCGAGGAGAGGAGGUGCGCUUGGGACGAGAGGGGGUGGGAGGAAGGGUAGGAAUGGAGGGAGGCAGUGGCGAAGGGGCUGGACGUGAAUGCCAUGGGGGUAGGGGGGAUGCUGCUUGGUACUCAGACUCCUCUGCUCCACCCACAGCUAAGGCGACCCGUGCAAACCUGGUCAGGUCCGGGAGUGACCAAGCCAAGCUGUUCGGCUCGGGUGGGAGGAGCGGGAGGAGGAGAGGGGGCGCAGAGGUACAGGGUUUCGAUGGAGUGGGGCUGUACCAGGGGGGUCGGAGAGAACACCCAGAUGCUGGUGACUCCGACACGAGUGAUAGAGAUGCCGCAGCAAAGGCCAGGCUAACCCUAGACUCGAUACAAGCCCAGCUGCUGACUAACAGCCAGCCGCGGCAGGGGCCUAUCUCGCACCGCAGGAGGCACAGCAGGGGCAGGAGCAGAGGGAGCAGCGGUAGCAGUGGUAGCAGCUGCGGCAGCGGCAGCAGCAGCACAGAUCACGAAAAUGAGAAAGAUAAUCAUGAUGAUAACGAUGAUGAUGAUGACGACGUCACGCCUCGAGCGGUUAUCAGCAGCAGCAGCAGCUGCCUGCGCACCAUUGGAAAGAUAGCAGCAGCAGGGCUGGUCAGCUCAUCCUACCCCUCCCUCCCCUCCCACUCCUCCUCUGCCAAUCAGCGAGCAGCAGAGCGGCCCCUGCUGGGCCUAAAUUAUGCAGAGAGAGGGGCUGAUUCGAGCUCGGGGGGGGAGGGGGGGCCGGUGGGGAGUGCGGUGCGAAUGCGGGGUAUGCAGCGAUCCGCCACAGAGGGUUCCUCAGGGGGGGGUUCUGGGGUUAUUAGUUCUGCACUGAAGGGCGGGUCAGGAGUGCUGGGUUCUGCUCGCAAGGGGGGAGAUGGUGGGGGGUCUGGGGGGAUGUCUAGGGGUGUUUCGCGCUGUGCGUCUCGAACCGGGUCCAGGAGUGCUUCGAGAAAAGGGUCUAGAACCAACCUUGCUGUGUGGUUCGCUGACGCUGCUGAUGGUGCUGCAGAUGCCACUGCUGAUGUGGGCAAUGCGAGUGAGAGAGCCGAGGCGGGGUCCGCUGCUAGAGCUGCACCUGAUUCCGCACCUGGGGCUGAACCCAGGGCUGAUCCUGUGGCUGAGCCUGCUGGUGCGAGUGGUGCUGGUGUGAGGUCAGGGGAUGGGGAAGACACAGGUGCGGGGAGAGGGGAGGGCGGAGGUAGAAGAGAGAGCGGAGAAGCAGGCGCGUUCAAGUCUAACGCACAGCUGCAGUGGUCGGAUCUGGGCAGUGCGUUUGUGAGGAGGGAGGGGGCGGAGGCAGGCAGCAAGGCGGUUGCUGGGAAGAAGGUCAGGAGCCCGCCGCUAUCGUCAAAGGUACCUGAGGAAACAGGGUUGGGAGGACGAGCUGGGGAAGGGAUGGGGUUUUCGAUUGGGAUGGCAGGAGGAGGCCCCCAAGCAGCACCUGCUGGCGCUCGCCCUGCGUCUUCAGCUGGUAUCCGGGACCACAGCCCUGGCAUGUUCGCUAUGGGGUCCCUCAGGAGCCAGGCUAGCAACGCCUCCUCUGUCUUCAGCCGCAGCAGCAGCACGCGCUCACGUGCAUUUGCCCCAGACGGCCUGAUACCCGCGCCCCUCAGGAGCCAACCCAGCAACGUCUCUUCUGUUUUCAGCCGCAGCAGCAGCACUCGCUCCCGUGCCUUCCCCUCAGACCAUCUCGUUGCCACUUCGGAGCCCUCCAUGCUUAUCCCUGCCUCGGAUCCCACUAUGCUCAUCCCCGCCUCUGACCCUACCUUGCUCCGCCACCACCCAGACCACACUUAUGUAAGCGCCAGCGCGAGCGCGGGUGCGAGGAUAAGCGGGAGUGGGCGGAUGGGGUGGGGUGGAGUAGCAAGGCCUAUCAGCCGAGGGGGGGCGGGGAGGAGCAGGAGGAGGGGGAGGGGCAGCGGGCGGGAGGGGGAGAUGGUGGGGUCUGGCAUGGGGUCUGGCAUGUGGGGCAUGCUCAGUAGGAGACUUGACAGCGGAUGGUCAGGGCUCAGCGGGGAGUCUUUUCAUGGGGGAGGGGGUGAUGGGUUUGGGGGGAGAGGGGAGAGAAGGGGAGGCAGGGAGGGGGAGGGGGAGGAGGAGGAGGAGGAGGAGGAGGGGGAGGAGGAGAGGGAGGUGUGGAUCCUGGUGUCAGUGAAGGACACGGGGAUUGGCAUCAGUCCCGAGAAGCAGGGCGAGAUCUUCCAUAACUUUGUGCAGGCCGACACGUCGUACACACGCGACUACGGGGGGAUUGGGCUCGGGCUCAGCAUCGUGCAGAGCCUGGCGCACAUGAUGGGCGGCGAGGUGUGGGUGGAAAGCGACCCAGGCAAGGGCUCCACCUUCUACUUCACAGCCCGCCUCGAACGCGCCCCUCCUGGCGCCACCCCUCUCCCAGACCCCACCCACGUCCUCGACCCCUCUUCCCCGCCUUCCCUCGCCGCCUCCUCCUCUCUCUACGCCCAUCCUUCUGACCUCCCGCCCAGCUUCCCUCUCGCUGCUUACGGAGCUGAAAUCGCCCGUUUCGACUCCUCUGUUAGCAUGUCAGAGCAUGGGGCUUAUAACGAGUAUUUUUCAAUACGAGAAGGAGUGUCAGCAGAGCACACUCCUGCUCGCUCUGUGUAUGCGUCGGCUCGCUCAGGGUACACUACGGACUUCACCACUGCGCCCCAGUCCCCUCUGGUCUCCUCGCCUGAAAGCCCCCCUCGCAUCCCCACCUUUCCCUCCACUCAACAUGCCAGCGCCAGCCCUGCCACCAUGCUUUUCCCCCACUCCCUCUCCGCUGAUUCUACCCGAUCCGCUCCCCUGGCUGCUGCUGCUGCUGCUGCUGCUGGAGUGCUCGCGCCUCAUUCUAUUCCUCCUGCUGCCACAGCACCAACGCCAGCACCAGCGCCAGCACGCCACCUGUCCGCGCCUGCAGCCACGCCUCGGCCGCGCAUCGUUGCUUCCCUCUCGGUCGGCAUCCCACCCCCUCCCAGUCCGCGCUCCCUCCUCACUCUGCACUCCGCUGCGCCCUUGCUGUCAGCUGCGUCUCUGCCGGUUGCUAGUGCCAGAGCGGCAGGGAGGGCAAGAGGAGAGGAGGGAGAGAGUGACGGUGGUGUGAGGAGUGGAGGGGAGAGGGGGCAAAGAGGGGCUGAAGCGAGAUCGGAGUUCAUUAUCCCCCCCUGUGUCACGCUUCCUCCCACCAUCGCCAUCCCCAGCCCUCGCCCCUUCCCUACCUCCGCCUCUGAAGGCAAGGCCCCUCCGCCCUCACGUUCGGCGUACUUCUCAGGCCCGGUGCUAGGCUCGGGAGGAGCAGCGACAGGUCCGGGAUUCAAUCGGGAUUCCGCACACCCAUCCCCGCGCCUCCCCUCUCCCAACCUGCCAUCACCCAGACGAUUAUUCCACAAGCAGCUGUCCUCUCCCAAGUUGCCCUCGCCUCCAGGGGGCAGGGACCCAGGGGCACAUGGGGCACAUGCCACAGCUCCCCCUGCUGGCUUUGCUGCUGCGCCUCUGUCCAUGCCCUCCCCCCGCGCCUCCCGCAUCUGGAGGGACUUAGAGGAUCCCACCUCCCCUGCUGCCGCUGCCUUCUCCCCGCGCACGCCCAGGGGGUGGGGCGCGGGGCGGGGGCUUGGGGGGACAGGCACAGUGGAAGCAGUAGCAGGAAUAGGAACACAAGCAGAAGCAGGAGCGAAGGCAGUUGCAGAAGCAGAGGCUGGGGUGGGAGGGAGAGCAGGGAGGGAGGAAGCCAGAAAAGAAAGAAUGGUCGCAGUUCCAGAGUUAGGAGCAGCGCGCUUCACAGCAGAUGGAGCCGCAGCAGCAGCAGCAGCAGCAGCAGCAGCAGGAGAGGAGAUGGCAGGAGCAGAGGGAGCAGAGGGCACAUGCACGCCCUCAGACACAUCAUCCACAGACGGCAAUCCUCCCGCAUCACCAACCGCCAUGGCGAGAGCCAAGUCCGUCACAUCACGGUCCGCAGCAGGGCGUGCGUUUGCCCGCGAUGUCAGCCUCUCGGGGGGCAUUGCAGGCUCCCCGGCCUCCUCCAGGCGCCACCUCUCCCCUCCGCUCUCCAAGCUCGCAUCUGAUUCCUCUCAUUCUCUCUCUCCCCCAAAGCUGGCUCCUUCGGGCACUGUACCUCCCAACCAGGCCUCGUCUCCCGAGCCUGUGCAGUCAGGUUCGGCAGGUUCCAUGGCUGGAAUGCAGCUGAUAGACGACUGGGGCUUUCUCGCCCCCGUACCUGCCACGGCGGUUCGGCCUGCGGGCGCUAAUGUUUCUCCGGCUGCCCGGCCGUUCUUUUCUUCGGUGGCUGCCCGGCGCAUGCAUCCCAGCCACAUCAGUAUGGAUGAAAGGUCGACCACUAGCUUCCGGUCCUCGCGACCCAGCUCUGGCAGCGUCGCCACGGGGAGCAGUGGGGAUGUCGAUGCUGGCGACAUGGACAUACAGACAGGCGCCUCCCUCCUCUCCUCUUCUUCUCCUGCUGCCGCUGCUUCACCUCACCGCCUCGCUGCCGCUGCACCUGCAGAUCCAGCAAGCAUGGGGGGGCACGGCACGGUGGGCCAAGGCAUGGCGGGAGGGUUGGGAGCACGGCCAAGCACAGCAGGGGGUGACUCUAGGAAUGCUGCUCCGGCUGUCCGAACCUCUGCAUCAGGUCUGGCAAGCCUGAGAGGCAGCAGGUCCGGAGGCAGCUACGAGCCUGCAGCAGCUGCGGCUGUGGCAGCCCUUGGAGCGUCUGCCACUGGUGGUGGGUUGGUUGCAGGGACUACCCCUGCCAUAUCCACGUCUCUGUCAUCCCAUCCAUCCCAUUCCUCCCAUACACAGCCCUCCGUCUCCCCCACCUUGCCAACACUCCAGAGGAGCCCCUCUAAGAAGGACCCGGCCCUCCCGUUGCCUCCUCCUGCUCGCCGCCGCUCCCCUUCCCUCUCUGCUGCUCCUGAUCCCUCCUCCGCUGCUGCCUCUGCCGCCAUUACUGCUGCCUCUCCUGCCUGUGCUCCCUCUGCUGCUCCCUCUGCUGCUCCUCCUCCUGCUCCCUCGGUUGCUGCUUCUACUGCUGCUGCUCCCACUGCCGCCAGCUCUACUGGUGUGGCUCUGGACGCUCCUCUCACCACAUCCCCCGCAGCAGUAGAAUCCCCACCUCUCGCUGCUCCUCCUCCUGCUCCCUCGGUUGCUGCUUCUACUGCUGCUGCUCCCACUGCCGCCAGCUCUACUGGUGUGGCUCUGGACGCUCCUCUCACCACAUCCCCCGCAGCAGUAGAAUCCCCACCUCUCGCUCCCCUUGCCACCUCUCCCACUUCCCCCUCGCUGGCUCUCCUCCCACCCAUCGUCCCUGGAGCCGUCCCUCUUUCGCCCCGACUGGGCCGGUCGCGGUCACACCGAGCCAUGACAGCAGCAGAGAGAGACGCUCUCACCGCAGCAGAGAGGGGGGCUCUCACUGCAGGUGUGAGCCACGGGCACCCAGGUGGUUUUCCAGGCGGGCACUAUCACCCACUGCUGGUGCCUCUGCCCGAGCAGCAGCCCUCUGCUCCUGCGUCCAUCUCUGACCCGGUGCUGUGGCAGCCGUCCCUGCAGCAGAAGCAGCGCCAGAUUCUCAUCUUGCAGCAGCAGAAGCUGCAGCAGCAGAUGAGGCAGCAGCAACAUGGGCAGAACCAGCAGCAUCACCCGCAGCAGCAGCAGCAGCAGCAGGCGGCGUGGCAGCGGCAGCAGCUGCAGGAGCUGGAGCUGCGGAGCCGAGUCUCGUCGCAGUUCUACCGCUUCCCCCCGCCUCACCUGUCCGCCCUAUGGCCGCUGGCCCCCCGGCGCCUGGAGCACCGCCGCUCCGACCCCGGGCUGCUGCUGCUUCAUCUGGCGGCUGUCGAGUCCGCCUCUGCCCUGCAGCGCGGGGAGGCGGGGUCUGGGGGAGGUGAUGGUGUAGGGAAGAAGGGGGGAGGGGUGGUUGGAGGAGGGGGGAGAGAAGGGGGAGCGGCAGGAGUUGCAGCAGCAGUAGGUCGCAGUGGUGUUGGCGGUGCGGUAGCAGGUGGUAAGAGUGUUUCUGGGAAGGCUACUGGUGGUGCGGUUGGUGGUCGUGCCAAGGCUGUUAGGUUCGUCUCACACACCAGAGCUGCGUCGUACGGCCGAAGCUCCACAUCAGGCUUGGGAGUGUUUGGCCCAGCAGUACCCAGAGACCCACCUCUGUUCGUCCCGCCAGCAACAGCAACAACCGGAGCAGCAGCUGCCCCCUCUGCCUCUGCCUCGGCUGCUGCCUCCCUCCCCGCUGCCCCUCUUCGCUCCGUGCGCUCGCUGCCUGUGAAGCCCAAGCCAGGCCUCCUCCAGGGCCCUCCCUUCCUGCUGCCUGGGCCCUCCACUGUAGCAAGGCAGGCACCUGGCGGCACCGCCAGCUCGGCUUCGCCAGCUCAGUGGUCCAUGCAUCCAGGUCAGCAAUCUGCUUCUCCACCUGGCAGGCUGGAGGUUCAGGUUUCUCCUCAGGUGGAUGCAGCAGGAGAGCAUAAGGCAGGAUCAGCAGCACUAGGCAGAAGGCAGGAUGCUGGUGCAGAGACAGGUACGGGUGGGCCUGCUGCUGACAAGGCUAGGGCCAAGGGGCUGGAACUCGAGGGUACAGGGAGGCGGGUGGAGCCUGAAAGGAUCAGUAUGGAGGGGUCAGAGCCAGGUGGAGCUGGCAGCUCUGGACGACCCUCCUACUCCUCCUCCUCCUCCCUCUUCUCAACUUCUAGCUCUACAACCACCACUGCUAGCACUGCCACUGCCACCACGGCCUCUGCUAGCACCGGCAGUCGGAGCAAUAUGGGAACUGCAGUGCGCACUAGUGUUGCCCCUCCGCUGGUGUCAAAUGUACAGUCAUCACAAGGCAAGCCACUAGCUAGCAGUAGCAAAGCAACCGUGGCUCUGAGCGCACCAAUGGCUGCAGCAGCAUUCUCACCCCCAGGAGUGGCAUCAGUGCUGGCCACACCAUCUGCCGCUGAAAAAGCAGCAUCAGUUUCGCUACCUGCAGCAGCAGCACCAGCAGCACCAGCAACAGGAGCAUCAGCUGCCAAGUCAUCAGCUUCUACUGCACCAGCAGCAUCGGCGGCAGCAGCAUCAGCAAGAUCAGCAGCGGCGGCAGCAGCAUCGGCAGCACCAGCGGCAGUGGCAAGGGUGCGCAUGCCAGUGAAGUCCAUGUCGGGCCCGCUGGUGCCCUCCGCCCGGGCGCGCGGACCCAUGCUGCUGGCGGGGGUGCGCGUGCUGCUGGCAGAGGACAACAUGGUCAACCAGCGCGUGGCGAAGCAUGCACUGACUAAAGUGGGGGCCACUGUGGAGAUUGCCGGUAAUGGACAGCUCGCGCUCACUGCGAUUGAGGAACGGGCGGCGUCGUUUGACCUCAUUCUGAUGGACAUUCAGAUGCCUGUAAUGGAUGGCUUGGAGGCAACAAAGCGGAUACGGCAAUUUGAAGCGGAAAACGCUGGCAAUAAAAAGUCUCCACCGGCAAGAGCCAGGAUUCCUAUUUUAGGACUGACAGCACAUGCGAUGGCAGGGUAUAAGGAGCAGUGUUUUGAAGCGGGGAUGGAUGGCUAUGCAGUGAAGCCAUUCAAGAUAGAGCAGCUAUCAAGAGGAAUCCAGGCAGCUCUUCGUGGGGAGAAGAAUGUGGAUGUCACACAGAUGUAAGUGUAAUUUAUUUGCGUUAUCCAAGCAUAUGUCUAAUAAUGUCAUGGCUCUGUU